GAGGCGGGAAACCGAGCCAAGGCUCUCGCAGCCAGCCGGCAGCCUCCUCGCGCCAGCCCCUCCCUCUCUUCGCCCAGCGUCGCGACUGACGGAUGAGGUCACUGUCCCAUUAUAACCUUUAGAAGGAUUCUUUUCCCGUCUCUCCUCCGCUUUUCUGCUUAUGUUUGUCCCUCGGUACUUCCCGUCUUGACGUACAUUCUUUCUGUUCCGGGAAAGGGCCGUCUGUGGGCGUGGUUGCAGGUUGCUAAGUGACAAAGUCCUCUCUAGCCACGGGUCUUAAUACCCGGUGGGUUCGCUUCUUCUCAUUGGCUACUUGCGUGGGGAGGAGAAGAAGGGCCAGCUUGCUCUGAAAACAUGGAGGCCGGAAGUGCUAAGAGGAAGCAGCGCGAAACGGACUCUGAGGCGUCAGGCCUGUCCGGAGAAGAGGACAAUGGGGACUACCAGCCCUACGUGCCCGUCAAGCUUAGGAAACAGCAGAGGCAACAAAAAUUGCUGCAGAUGCGACGCAAGGGGGUGUUGGAGGAAGAACAAAGGGACAGCGGCAGCGAGUAUCAUGGUGAUGAAGAUGAUAUUCCCCUGGGUCCACAGUCCAAUGUUAGCCUUCUGGACCAGCAUCAGCACCUCAAGGAAAAGGCAGAAGCACGUAAAGAGUCAGCUAAAGAGAAGCAGCUUAAGGAGGAGGAAAAGAUCUUGGAGAGUGUGGCAGAAGGGCGAGCACUAAUGUCUGUGAAGGAAAUGGCAAAGGGCAUCACAUAUGACGAUCCUAUUAAAACCAGUUGGAAGCCUCCCAGGCACGUCUUGACUAUGUCAGAGGCACGGCAUGACCGUGUGCGUAAGAAGUAUCACAUCCUUGUAGAAGGUGAAGGCAUUCCACCCCCGCUGAAAAGCUUCAAAGAGAUGAAGUUUCCAGCUGCAAUCCUGCGAGGCUUGAAGAAGAAGGGGAUCCAGCAACCAACCCCCAUCCAGAUACAGGGAAUACCUACAAUUCUUUCUGGCAGAGAUAUGAUUGGCAUUGCAUUCACUGGCUCUGGCAAGACGCUUGUGUUCACUCUCCCUGUGAUCAUGUUCUGCUUGGAGCAGGAGAAGAGACUGCCCUUUUCCAAGAGGGAAGGGCCAUAUGGCCUUAUCAUCUGCCCCUCAAGGGAAUUGGCUCGCCAGACCCAUGGCAUUCUGGAGUACUACUGCCGCCUGCUGCAUGAAGAUGGGAUGCCUGCCCUGCGCUGUGCUCUCUGCAUUGGAGGCAUGUCUGUCAAGGAGCAGAUGGAGACCAUCAAACAUGGCGUGCACAUGAUGGUAGCAACUCCAGGCCGGCUAAUGGAUCUCCUGCAGAAAAAGAUGGUCAGUCUGGAUGUCUGUCGCUACCUGGCACUGGAUGAAGCUGAUCGGAUGAUUGACAUGGGCUUUGAGGGAGACAUCCGCACCAUCUUUUCCUACUUUAAGGGCCAGAGACAGACUCUUCUUUUUAGUGCCACCAUGCCCAAGAAGAUCCAGAAUUUUGCCAAGAGUGCUCUUGUGAAGCCUAUUACCAUCAAUGUGGGACGCGCAGGAGCUGCUAGCUUGGAUGUCAUACAGGAAGUAGAAUAUGUGAAGGAGGAAGCCAAAAUGGUGUAUCUGCUGGAAUGUCUACAGAAGACCCCACCGCCUGUCCUUAUUUUUGCUGAAAAGAAAGCAGAUGUGGAUGCAAUCCAUGAAUACUUGUUACUCAAGGGGGUGGAAGCUGUGGCCAUACAUGGUGGGAAAGACCAAGAGGAGCGGACUAAGGCCAUCGAAGCCUUCCGUGAUGGCAAGAAAGAUGUUCUUGUUGCCACUGACGUUGCCUCCAAAGGCUUGGACUUUCCAGCCAUCCAGCAUGUCAUCAACUAUGACAUGCCUGAGGAAAUAGAAAACUAUGUUCAUCGAAUUGGGCGUACAGGCCGUUCAGGGAAUACUGGCAUUGCCACCACUUUCAUCAACAAAGCUUGUGAUGAGUCGGUGCUCAUGGAUUUGAAAGCACUGCUGCUGGAGGCCAAGCAGAAGGUGCCGCCUGUGCUGCAGGUGCUGCACUGUGGAGAUGAAUCCAUGCUUGACAUUGGAGGGGAGAGGGGUUGUGCCUUCUGUGGAGGCCUGGGCCAUCGUAUCACAGACUGUCCGAAGUUGGAAGCUAUGCAGACAAAGCAAGUCAGCAACAUUGGGCGCAAGGACUAUUUGGCCCACAGCUCUAUGGACUUCUAGAAGCUCCUCCUGCCUUUUGGACAAGCCAAGAUGUAGACAACUAGAAGGGCAAUUUUUCUCCACAGUCACUUGCAAUGCAACUUAUAGAUUGUUACCUAUUAGGGUGAGAAAUCUCAGCAGGCUUGCUCCCUUUGAGAAUCCUUCAUUGCAGUCAUAGUUGCUAAUCAUGCCCCAAUAUUAAAUGCAUUGUUGUGGCUCUCAGACUCCAUGGACCGGGAGAUGCACUAAGCAGGAUGUCUUGUAUUGCUUUCCAGACAUCACUUGGUAGGUGUGGGUGGCAUGUCCUGUGCUUUUUCCACACCCACUUUUCGAUUUCUGAACUUUUUGUCCUUUUAAAAAAAAAGUUAUGGCAGUCUGGUGCUGCAAUCAUCCAUUGCGCCAGCAGUUGUUGUCACUCAUUGUUGGGCAAGCUCUGUGCUCCUCAUCAGAUGGCCCUGAUAGGGAGGCAGGGACCAAUUGGCAGACAGUCAGAGUUCAGCUUCUCCAUUCUCUGGCUCCAGUGACAUUUUUCCGGGGCUUGAGGUGCUCCUCCCUGCUUUGUGUGCACUCCUACCUCUCCCCUUGCCUUCAUUUCCAACUUUUUUUUGCAUUCCUCCACCUGCUCUGCUUGGGAGUUGCCUCUACAGCUGCAGGAAAUGGACUCUGGUUACCCACCAGCCCUCUCUGAAUGACAAGUCCCUUGGGACGGUCUGUCUGUCUCCUGGGGCUCCUCGGCCUGUUGCAGCUCCCAGUAUGCACGCGGGCCUCAAAGAGGAAGUGAGCGGGCAGAGGAAGUCGCCAGUGUUAUCAUACAUACUGACUCAUUCCUGUGGCGGCCACAGAAGCUCCGUCUCUCUCCUUUGCUCCUCACUGGGUUGUCUUGUUUGGAGCCUACCACCACCACCCCAUGGAGCACCCUGUGAAAGAGGGGAUCCUCUACAUCCAGCACCCCAAAUUUGGGAAGGUAAAAAAGAGGCAUCUGACUGGGGGCAGGGGAAGGGGGUUUGUACAGUAAGUCCUUACUAUGUUUGUGUGGCUCCAGCGAGGCUUGAUGAAGGGAGCAAAGGUCUUGGCACUUGCUGUGCCAUCUUUAAGGGCUGAGGCAAUGCCGUAUGUAAAACAAAAGGGGCCCACAGACCCUGUGGUCACUUGGUAUCUGCUUCUCCUCUUCUGCUCUGUCAUAUUACUGCAUUGUUUAUAGCCAAAAGUUACAUUGUCUUUGAAUGUAAAUAAUUUCAGUAACAAAUUAAAAUUUAAAAUGUGUCAGAAGAA